GCUCCCGGCCCGCCCACCCCGGGCCUGCCCGCACCCCGCUGGUUCCCGGAGCCGCUCUCGCCGGGACGUGGGCGGGUUGCCGUGUGGAGGCGGGCCCCGGGUGACCGGCCUCCAGGGCCGGGCCGGGGCCGGGGCCGGGUCCACGUCCCUCAGGCUGCCCGGCCGCGCGGCGUCUGGCCCGGGGCUCCUCGAACAGGAACUGCCUCUCCAGAGAGCAACCUGAAUUACGGGGGCGAAGGGGACCAGGCGGUGGAAACACAGGAGCUGGAGUCAGGGGGCAGCUGUGACCCCGGCGGGACUGGGUGCAGAGGACCUGCCCGGCUGGGACUGCCUGACCCCCAGCCCCUCCCGGCCUUCACAUGUGACGCCCCACACCACCUCUGAGGGUCUUCACCACUCCCGGGGGCGGCCUUCAGCUCAGGAUUUCAACCCCAGCUCUUGCCCAGUGCCCGUGCCCACCCAGAGCCGCCCGCCGUCCCUGAGACAACGCUGUUGGCUGCAGCCUCAUGUCGGUGCCAGUGAAACCCACUGCACCGGGGGAGCCGGCCCUGGGCCCUGGGGAGAAGCCAGUGGGGCGGCCACUUCUGGCCUGGGGCUCCGUGUUCGGCCACCGGAACGAGAAGAUUGCAUUCGGCCAGAGCACUGGCGGCCCCGACGAGCAGGUGCUCACGGUCACCGUCACGGAGACCACUGUCAUCGAGUCGGACCUGGGCGUGUGGGGCGCCCGGGCCCUGCUCUACCUCACGCUCUGGUUUUUCUUCAGCUUCUGCACCCUGUUCCUCAACAAGUACAUCCUGUCGCUGCUGGAAGGGGAGCCCAGCAUGCUCGGGGCCGUGCAGAUGCUCUCGACCACACUAAUCGGCUGCGUUAAGAUAUUCGUUCCCUGCUGCUUGUAUCAGCACAAAACCCGGCUCUCUUACCCACCCAACUUCAUCAUGAUCAUGCUCUUUGUGGGUCUGAUGAGGUUUGCCACAGUGGUCUUGGGCCUGGUCAGCUUGAAGAACGUGGCGGUGUCAUUUGCGGAGACGGUGAAGAGCUCAGCUCCCAUCUUCACCGUGAUCAUGUCGCGGAUGAUCUUGGGGGAAUACACCGGGCUGCUGGUCAACCUGUCCCUCAUUCCUGUCAUGGGCGGGCUGGCACUCUGCACGGCCACCGAGAUAAGCUUCAAUGUCCUGGGGUUUUCGGCCGCCCUGUCCACCAACAUCAUGGACUGUUUGCAAAAUGUUUUUUCCAAAAAGCUCCUCAGCGGGGACAAAUACAGGUUGUCGGCCGCGGAGCUGCAGUUCUACACCAGUGCGGCAGCCGUGGCCAUGCUGGUCCCUGCUUGGGUCUUCUUCAUGGACCUGCCCGUGGUCGGGAGGAGUGGGAAGAGCUUCACUUACAACCAGGACGUGGCGCUGCUGCUGCUGACAGAUGGCCUCCUCUUCCACCUGCAGAGUGUCACCGCGUACGCCCUCAUGGGGAGGAUCUCCCCCGUGACCUUCAGCGUUGCUAGCACCGUCAAGCAUGCCCUGUCCAUCUGGCUCAGCGUCAUCGUGUUUGGCAACAGAGUCACCAGCCUGUCAGCAGUGGGCACGGUGCUGGUGACGGCCGGUGUCCUGCUCUACAACAAGGCCAAGCAGCAGCAGCGGGAGGCCAUGCAGAGUCUGGCGGCGGCCGCUACCCAGGCCCCCGGGGACGACGCCGAGCCGCUGCUCCCCCAGGACCCCAGGCCACACCCCUGAGCUCCAGGCCCCACGUGCCACGGCGCCCCUCCUCUCAGGAGGCUGCUGUGGGGACCCCAGGCUCCAUGGGUCCUGGGGGGGGGGGCAGGGGUGUGCAGCCUUCCCUGUUCUUGUCUUGGGUUUUUGGUCAGAACUGGCCUUGGGGUCCAGAUGCCAGCCUUCUAGGGCCGAGACCACCACUGCCACUGAGCCAUUGCCACGCUGUGUGAAACUUUCUCCCGCCAGCCUCAGGGGUCCACUGUGCCAGGACUGAAGGCUGAGACACCCACUGCCUGGCCACAGAGGCCAUAGCAGCCAGGCAGUGGAGGGGCAGAUGGGGUGUGGAAACCGGGGUCCUGCUCCUGCGCAGGGGAAUUGGGCCCUUGCCUCCCCACCCUCCCUCCCAAGGCAGAGCUGCCCACAGCAGGACCACUUGGGGAAGGUCGCUCAGGCAAGGGGAGGGUGCCCUGCCCCUUUGGGGGUCUGUGCUGCACUGAAGCCCCGCCUCCCGAGGGUCCUCCCCGCACCUGUGGCUGGGGUGCGGGCCAGAGACCCCCGUGAGACUUCCGGCCUGCGGUGUUUAGUUGGGGGUGGGGAGAUGCCGGCAUCCCCUUUGUUGGUCUGGACUGUGCAGCAGGUGUUCGGAGGGUUCUGGGGAGCACCUUUCUCCACUCAGCUGCCAGGAGCCUUGCCUGCGUCCCCUCACCGAGGGUGCGCGGUUUUCCCCAUGAGAGGGGAGCGGGACAUGCCGGGGCGCUCGCAGGGCUCGUUAGGCCGCCUCUCAGGUGGCGGCAUGGUUUCUGACGAAGGAGACGCAGGCACAGGGAGUGCCCAGGUGCGUUGCGUGAGCGGGUGGCCACGCUCCGAACCCCCGGCCCCGCCAGGCGAGCCCCGUGUCGGUCUGAGGCUCCUCGCGUCUUCGCUUGCUUCAGAGCCGGAGCCCCAGGGCUGGCCUGAUGCAGUCUGGCUCGGGGGUCGGGCUGCUGCCUGCUGUCUCGGACCUGCCUUGGGGACAGGGGCAGGUUCGGGGAGACAAGGAGCGUAAGGCACCAGUUGUUCCCUAGACUCACCGACUCCCUGCUGCCCAGGCCCUGGCUCCCGUCAGCGGGUCUCUGGUUUUCCAGUUGGCUUCUCAAUUGGAAAAUAUAAAACAGCUCCUCCUGGAGAUUAAUCUCUUAGAAACAAAGAGCAAUAAUUACGUCUCAUUAAGUCCUGCCUUCUGUAAGAAGUCUGUCCUGAUGAUGAAUUUAAAUGAAGCCUUUUAAACUACAAACCACCUUCUUACGACGCCGACCUGGGCCAGAGGGCCGGUGGGUGUGUGACCACCUGCAGGACGAGCUCAGCCUCGCCGUGCAGGUGUGUGUCGUGUGACUUUCCCAGUCUGUUCCCUUUCCUCUCUUCCUGCUUCAAAAAGCAAAACUGAAGAGGAUCCUUCGAAGGUGCCUGGGCUGGUGGGCUGGGGCACUGACCAUGAGGACCAGGGUAAAAGCACCACUUCCACGGGGCUCCUGCCUGCCUGCGCCAUCAGAAUGUGUCCGCCACGCCAGCUGCAGCCUGUGUGCUGGGAGCAGGGGGACAGGUCUGCGGUCGCCUGCCGCACGCUCAUCCGGGUGGGCUCAGAGGCACGGCCACCUGUCUGAGCACAAUGGGGGCCCAGCUCUGCACCUCCUGUGGACCUGCUUUCACAAGUGGCUUUCAGUCUGUUUUGAUUUUCUAAAUUUUUAGACCAGAAACAAAGAUUUCUCCAAAUUAUUAGCAAAUGAGGCAGUUUCUCACACAACUGCUUUUGACACUUUUCCUCAUCCUGGGUGGGAGGGCGACAGAGCAGGGCUGUAGGCGCAUUCCGUCCACUGUCUCCACCCCUCAGUCCACGUGGUGGGCAUUUCCAGGACGCCCUGCUCCGAGUCAGAACCCGCAGCCCGGCCUGGCCACUCGUGUAAAGACUGUACAGACACGACAUGGUUUUUAAAUAACUUUGUCCCAGUUUUAUGUGUCCUUUUCCGUGAACUGUUACAGACAUGCGUGUUCCAGCCAACUAGGUGUGUGUUAUGUCAGGUCAGUUCCUCCUGUGUCCGUGGUGACUGUUGGUGCCUCUGUGGACAAACACUUGAACCAGCCUUCCUGUCUGGUAUCUGCUCACUUACAUCAAUACUUAAGAUGUUGAAAUCUCCGACUUUCAGGGGAAUGUCCGCUACUGAGUGGCAUAGAAAGCUUUAUUUUUUUAAAUCCCCAUAGUCCUAAUUUCCUGUGUAUCAACAUUAGAAUAAUAUGCCUUGGAAAGCUGGGAAGACUUGCACAAUCCAAAAUGUGUCUUUAAUUUGCAGGGGGUGGGGGGGAGCCCCAUGGUGAUUCAAACAGUGAAGGCGUGCACAGAGAAGAUUGGCCAAGCGAAGCCAUGCUUGCAGCCUGCACUUGAAGUACUUUUCCCGAAACCAGUGGGCUUGCUUCCUGUUGUGGUCCUGUCCUGUGGGUGGGCACUUACAGCCGGUCCAGUGGGGGUCACAGCCAUGCACCACGUCUUCUGUCUGUCCCAGUGAGGUGCUUCCUGAGGCAUGAACAUGUUUUCCCUUUUCCCUGGGUUGAAAAAUUAAACAAGGAUGUCAUUGCAGAUAGAAACCCUCUCCUCUCUGCCUUCGAGCGUUUGCACUGAGGGCUCUGCUCUUUUCCAAAAUACAUGUCUGUCCUGGUUGGGGCCACUUUGUUUUCUGGGUUUAUAACUGAUGUCCCAGCUCCCCUGAUGCAUCUGCCUGUUUCUCUGUCCCAGCUGAGGAGCCAAGAGCAGAGUUGUGAGGCUGUGCUGACCGUUGGUGGCUCCUCACCCUGCAGCUCAGAGUAUAAAACCUUCACGUUUGCUGUCCCUGAAGUAUUUCUCCUGGUUCUCCUGAGAGCUCUGAUUCUGAGUUGGCUGGCUGUUGGAUCCAUGCCUAGAUAUCCAGACUGAGCUGGAAGCUGUUCUAAUUGGCAGAGUUGUUGUUUUUCAGUUUUCAUUGGAGGGAAACACGUUCAGCUGAUGCGCCCUUUCUCGACCACAGGUGUGUGAGCAGAGUCUGAACCUGCCGGGGUGGGGGGCACUGCGUUGAGGAGGGCCACAGUCAGGGUGACUUGAAAAUUACGUCAGUAAUUGUCUGCAUAACUGGAUUAUAUUUGCUUCAUACCACGUGAGCCUGUGGAGAACUAAAAAUCACAUUGUACUAAGUGUUUGUAGUGUUCUGUGUUUCACCUAUUUCAGUAUUUAUGUGAUUAACCCAAUUCUUUCUAGAAGGUGGUUGUUAACUUAGCGAGGCACUGUCACUUCUGUGGUAAUACACUGAUGCUGUGCAGUUAAUCCUGUGAACGCCGCCUCGUAUUUUUGUCUAAUAGGCCACCAUAGUAGCAACUAUCUAAGACUCUUGUUCCACAAAAGUAAAAUAAAUGUUAAAUGUGUA